UUUACCUUCACCAGCUGACGAGGAGCUCACAUUGUGGCUGCUCACUUUAUUCUUAAUUAUUGUUAAAAACAAGUGUUAAAUUAAGCUAAUUAGCAUUAUAAAUGCCUCUUCUGCACUCCAGUUAUCUAUCGAAGUGGUAUGUUGUAGCCAGCAGAACACCUACAAAAUGUAUAUAUGUCAUUAAGAACUCUCAGCGGUACCUGUCUUCUGCUCAAGUGACAACUGCUUUACGACCUUUCUACUUUCUUGUUCACCCAGAUCUAUUUGGUCGGCAUCCACGAGCCCAACAUGUUAAUGAUUCUUCCCUCAAAGUACUCAAUAGUCACCUUGAUUCACUCAUCAAUCAUGAGAAACCAAGACCUGUUAGUCUCAGGUUCUAUGUCAAAAAUAAGAAAAUGCAAGGCAUCUUGAGUACUGUAGCACUGCAACUAAAUAAAACAUCAGCUCGAGAUACAGUUCAUGGAAUUCUUAGGGAGUUUGACCUUCCAACCAAAUAUGUUGACAGUCUUCCAGAGACGCUGCACCAACCAGAUAGGAAAGUCACUUAUCAUCGACCAUUCAAUGAUUUUACGAGAAACUUCAGCCCAGAAGAAGAGCUCUGCAUGACCAGGAGAGAAAAUCUGUAUACAUGGCUCAUCAAGAAUAUGGGGGAAGCCGAGCGAAGAUUGGCUGUCAGUGAGCCCAUUCGUCAAGAUAUUGUGCGACUUCGCUCUUGGUUGAUCGAUGAACUUAAUUUAACUAAACUGUCAUGGCAACGAGGUCUAGGCACAACGCACUUGCGAGGAUGCCUUCAGGGACUUACAGCCUUGACUACUCACCAUCAAGAAAUCAAAGAGAUUUUGCAAGGUCGUGCAGUUCACUUUGGCAGUGAGACGGGUGUGAGCUUGGAGGGAAACAUGGUUCUUAGCACUUCUGAAGUGCGCAACCAGUGGCUCAAGGUUAUAUGCAAACUUCCCGAGCAAGAGCCAAUGAUUCGCCGAAUACCAGGCAUGCAGAAAGCGGUUUCGAAUGCUUUAAGAGAGAUUCAAGUAACUCAUCGAAAGUACCAGCCAUUUGUUCUUGUGGAACAUUACAUUCAGCAUCUGAGGCGUCUGGUCACAUCCCUGGGAGAUUACCAGGGCCGUGAAGGAUUCCCAAAAUCUUGGCCACAGACGUUGUCAUCUUUACAGCUCGUAGUAGAGUCAGCUGCUGGUCCACUGAUGCUGUCCCCUACUGGGCAGAUCUUAGCCCCUUCCUCGUGUCCUCCUUGGCUGCUAGUCAACUUUAUUACAGAAAAUAUGGAGCAGGCACAGAGGAUAAUUGAUGAUUAUGAAAGGAUUCGGGACAAAGAAAAGGAUUUAUAUGAAAAGUGCAAAGGAGAGUUAGGACUGGAAUUUUUAGAAAAAGAUGAUUCGGUGAUGCCAAACAUGAUGAUUGAGUGCCUUGAACGUCUUCUGGAUUCUGCCUACCGUCUCUCUCCCCUGUUGUCAGGCGCACGACUCUGGAUUACCCACUACUAUGCUGUCAUGUUAGAUGGUGAAGUUUGUAUACCCUGGAAUUGGGACCAGGAUAAAUGUUAAAUAUAUUCUGUAUGUAGUUAUGUCACAGUCAGUAAUGUGAACAUUUGUAUAUAUACAGUUUAGCCCUCAGCUUUGCCAGGGUUAUUAGAGGUCCAAGAAAAUUCAUAUUUUUUUAGUACCACUAAAUUUUGUCCAUGCAGUUUUUUUCUGAUUUUAGCUGUAAAGGACUACAGUAAGUCCUCGACUUACAAACACAUUGAGAAUCUUCUGUAUUGUGUAUAUCAUUCUUAUAUCAUUAUUGUGUAUAAUCUCAUUAUUAUAUCAUUAUUGUACACAAUACAGGUCCCCAAUGUGUUUAUAAGUUGAAGGCUUCCUGUAUGAUGAAUAUUAUAAAGAAUUCAAGAGGUCUCCAAUGUGUUCGUAAGCCGAGGACUUAGUGUACCUUUAGUGGAAACAAUUCUGUAGACAGGAGAGCCUCAUUUGUACAGCUCGUAGGUUCUUGACCUUGUGUGGUAAGCGAAAAUCACCAGCAGUAGGAAAAGAGCAGUUUUUUCAUUACCACAUGCAUCUAAAAUACCUGAUAAUGUGUUUAGACUAUCAUAUACUAAGAGCUCAAUAUAGCUGGGCAUAAAAAACACAAAAAAGUAAAAUUAAUAUACAGUACAUACAGUAUAUUUACUUAAAGUACAGUGCCAGUCACCCUUCUCCUACACAACUGAUGUAUGAAAACACUGGAAAAGUGGUAAAAGCACUGAACAUAAUGAGCAAUGGCUCAGUUGAAAGUCAAAGAAAACAUGGAACAACAAAAAGAGGGGCUGUAUGUAUGGGAUCUUACUGCUAUACACACUCCAUCUCUUCACUGUACAAGGGUUAAACUGCUAGAGGUCCUUAUGAAUUGAGAAUUCUGUCCAUAUAAAACAUAUUAUUUUAGAUUUAGGUUCAUUUUGUGUUUGAAAGAUCAUCUCUCUUUAAAGAUUGCUUUGAUCUGGUCAAUAUUAAUGUUUAUAAGAAGGAAUAUCAGAAAAGGAGAGAGUUGGGCACAAAAUCUUAUGGAUGGUAAUUAGUUUAGGUCUCAUGAUCCAGGCAGAGAAAAUAAGCACUGCGAAAACCUGAUUGUCUUCCAUUCCUUACAGUGCUGUAUGAAACCCCUAUGGGCUUAACUCUUCCCUUAACUAUAAUAGUCUUACUAUCUGUAAAAUAUCAUCUAAUUUUUUAUUAUUUAACCCUCAAACGGUCCAAACGUAUAUAUACGUUUUUUCAAAAUCUGAAAGUAUGUAAAAAAAUGUAGAUCUUUUUUGCUUUACAUUUGAAAAUGUGUAAAAAAAACUUCUAUCUACAUUUUUUUUUGUUAUAUUUGAAAAUAUGUAAAAAAAAGUAGAUCUACUUUUGUAGCACUACGAAUUUGAACGUCGAUCUGUUUGGACUGUUUAAGGGUUAAUGUUGAUGUAAAAUUGGGGUGGAGAUAUGUUGCAGUUUUGAGUUGUAGUAUCGGCACAUCUCUGGCAAGACAGUGAUAGAGUGAGUGAUGAUGAAAGUGUGUUAAAAACUAGCAUUAAGAUAAAAACUUAACCCCCUUACAAAUGCGAUGAGUUCACAUUGUGAAUUUAAUUGUGAGUUUUGGGUGAAUUGUCACGGCCGCAGCGUUGUGGCUUUAAAUUCUCUCUAAGUGGGAUUAAGCAAGCAUUUUGAAACAUAAACUCUUUGGUGCAAUAUUGUCAUUAAUUAUUCAUGACAAACCUCGCAGCCUGGCCCAAGACCCAGGCUUCCUUCUUGAUUGCCUGGUCAAUUAGGUUGUUGUUGCACACCUACAUAGUCAUAUCACAACCUGGUUGAUCAAGCUCUUCUGGAAAUAGAAUUUUUAUUUUUUAAAUUAUAUUGUCACUGUAUAUAUUGUAUGUAGAUAAUUAUAAAUGUAUAUACAUUUGUGUUAUUUUGAAUCGAAGAAACAGAAUCAUAAAAUAUAUU